AGUAGCAGCGAUAGCGAAGAAAAACUCGCCGUCAAACCCUUGUCGCUCUCCAAGCGAAAGCUGGACCUUGACGUUGAAAAGAAGAAGAAGGGAAGACCUCGGAAAGACUCCCGGCUGAUGCCUGUCACUUUAACCGUUCAGUCUCCAGCUAUAUUAGCAUCCGAGAAGGAUGGUGUGUGCCACAGUACACCCUUAGCACUUAAACUGCCGACCCCGGUCCUACAGAAGUCAUUUGCUUUACAGGUGAGCUCCGAUCCCUCGAUGUAUAUCGAAGUGGAAAACGAGAUCACGACCGUGGGAGGGUCCAAACUCAGCAGACUGAAAUGCAACCGAGAAGGGAAAGAGUGGGAGACGUUGCUCACCAGCCGAAUUCUCUCUGCGGCGGGAAGCUGCGAGGUAGUGAGUGUGGCUUGUGAAAAGCGGACCCUCUCCGUGUUUUCGGCGUGUGGCCGUCGCCUCCUCCCUCCCAUCGUCCUGCAUUCCCCCAUCUCAACGUUGCACUGUACAGGGUUUUACAUCAUGGCUCUCACCACAGCGGCAACCCUAUCGGUCUGGAACGUGAGGAAGCAGACAGUGGUGGUGAAAGACGAGUCCCUACAAACCAUUUUAGCAGGAAGUGAAACCACCGUCUCUCAAAUCUUGCUGACUCAGCAUGGCAUCCCCCUGAUGAAUAUGUCGGACGGAAAAGCAUAUUGCUUUAAUCCUUCUCUGUCUUCCUGGAACCUUGUCUCUGACAAGCAGGAAAUGUUGGCUCAGUGCGCAGACUUCAGGAGCAGUCUACCAUCCCAGGAGGCCAUGCUGUGUUCGGGACCUUUAGCCAUCAUCCAAGGACGAAUGUCUAAGUACGACCUUGUCUCGUCUCGCUCAAGCUCUCCACCUUUAGCCACCGGGCCAUCAGAACGGGCCAAGCUCUUGACCACCAAAAGCUUG